CGCCCAGCCGGCGGCGGCGGCCCCCGCGGCGGUGAUGGCGGCCGUCCUGUCCCCGCGCCUCUGCGACAGCGACCCGGCCACGCCCGGCGCACAGUCCCUCAAGGAUGACACAGAAGAAAAUUCCAAUGAUGGCAGCCAGCCAUCCAAAAGACGACGUAUGGGCUCAGGAGACAGUUCUCGGAGCUGUGAAACUUCUAGUCAAGAUCUUGGAUACAGCUAUUUUCCUGCUGAAAACUUGAUAGAGUACAAGUGGCCACCGGAUGAAACAGGGGAAUACUAUAUGCUUCAGGAGCAAGUCAGUGAAUAUUUGGGUGUAACUUCAUUUAAAAGAAAAUAUCCAGAUUUAGAAAGACGAGAUCUAUCUCACAAGGAGAAACUCUACCUCAGAGAACUAAAUGUUAUCACAGAGACUCAGUGCACGUUAGGUCUAACGGCUUUGCGUAGUGAUGAAGUAAUUGAUCUUAUGAUUAAAGAAUACCCUGCCAAACAUGCUGAGUAUUCUGUUAUACUGCAAGAGAAAGAACGUCAGCGAAUAACAGAUCAUUAUAAAGAGUACUCUCAAAUGCAGCAACAGAACACACAGAAAGUAGAAGCCAGUAAAGUUCCAGAAUAUAUAAAAAAAGCUGCCAAGAAGGCUGCAGAAUUCAACAGUAAUUUAAACCGAGAGCGAAUGGAAGAAAGAAGAGCCUAUUUUGAUUUACAAACACAUAUUAUCCAGGUGCCUCAAGGAAAAUACAAAGUGUUACCUACAGAGAGAACAAAGGUUAGUCCUUAUCCAGUGGCUCUCAUACCCGGCCAGUUCCAGGAGUACUACAAAAGAUAUUCUCCGGAUGAACUUCGUUACUUGCCAUUAAACACAGCUCUUUACGAACCCCCUUUGGAUCCAGAACUGCCUGCAUUAGACAGUGAUGGGGAUUCAGAUGAUGCAGAGGAAGGGCGAGGUGAUGAGAAACGGAAAACCAAAGGCAACUCGGACAAUUCGUCUGGCAAUGUAUCUGAAGGUGAUUGCGCCACAGACAACCAGGAGGAUUCUUUUCAGGGAAGACAAAAAACAAGAGACAAAAGUUCUACUCCAAGAAAAGAUGGUUCCAAACGUUCUGUAUUAUCCAAAUCAGUUCCUGGGUACAAGCCAAAGGUCAUUCCAAAUGCUAUAUGUGGAAUUUGUCUGAAGGGUAAGGAGUCCAACAAGAAAGGAAAAGCUGAAGCUCUUAUACAUUGCUCCCAGUGUGACAACAGUGGCCACCCUUCUUGCCUUGAUAUGACCCCGGAGCUUGUUGCUAUGAUUAAGACUUAUCCUUGGCAAUGUAUGGAGUGUAAAACAUGCAUUAUAUGUGGGCAGCCUCACCAUGAAGAAGAAAUGAUGUUCUGUGAUGUAUGUGACCGUGGUUAUCACACUUUUUGUGUGGGGCUUGACGCUAUCCCCUCAGGUCGCUGGAUUUGUGAUUGUUGUCAGAAAGACUCUCCCGUACCCAGAAGAGGAGGAAGAAGGGGGAAAAACAGCAAGGAGGGCUAACUCCCACCCUCCCCCCCUCCAAAAAACAAAACAAAACAAAACAACUUGCUGUCCAAAAUUUAACUGCACAAAUUAAAGUGAUAUUUUGGUGCUAUUUAACCAACCACUUUAAGAGGAACAAUACCACUUUUUUUUUUCUUUUUACCAAAUAAACUUUUAAUUUUGGCUAUAUAA